AUGAAGCUCUUCUCACUUAUAACCGGCCUUACUCUUCUAGGUUCCUCCCUUGCCAUCCCGUAUGAGGAGUAUAUCCUAGCCCCGAAGUCACGGACACUGCAUCCAGUCUCAGUUCACAGCACAAACGGCUCAGUCAGCAACCCAGAGAGCCUCACCACUGCAUCCUCCUCUAACGGCAGCUCCAUCUUCUCCGGCGAUGCAGCCACAGCAUACGACUUUGGGAUCAAUAUAGCAGGCAUCGUUACCCUAACUGUCGGCUCAGUUUCCUCCCCCGAUGAAUACAUCGGCGUUACUUUCUCUGAAAGCUCGUUGUGGGUGAGCAAUAAGAGCAGCGAUGCUAUUGCCGACGCGGGCAAAGAUGAGAUACUAUGGUUCCAUGUCACUGGGCCGGGACGAUAUACGGCGCCGAGAGAGAAGGAAAGAGGCGGAUUCCGGUAUAUGAGUUUGGUUCAUAAUUCGACGGGGAGCGUAGAGGUUGAGGCGGUUGAGGUGCACUACACUGCCAUGCCGCACUGGGGUGAGGAUGCGAUUGGGAACUAUUCGGGGUACUUUCACUGCGAUGAUGAAUUGCUCAACCGUAUUUGGUAUGCCGGAGCCUACACGAACCAGAUCUGCACGAUUGAUCCGCAUUACGGCAAUGCGCUGAUCCAUAUCUUCAAAAUCAACUCUUCUGUCUCAGACGCUGUUAAUGUGACGUGGUACAACAAUUAUACAAUCACGAAUGGCAGUUCGGCGAUAGUUGAUGGCGCAAAGAGAGAUAGGAUCGUAUGGGCAGGCGAUAUGGCUAUCGCCGUCCCAGGUGUUGUGGUGUCGACUAAUGAUGUCGUCUCGAUUGAAAACUCGCUCAACUCGCUGUUCGAUGUCCAGAAUAGCAGUAGCGGGCUGCUUCCGUAUGCGGGGCGACCUUUCCCGUCAGCAACUUCGUUCACGUAUCAUCUAUAUACUUUGAUCGGUGUGUCGGAUCACUAUCUAUAUACAGGAGAUAUCGGAUACCUGGCUUCAUUAUGGGACAAGUGGAAGCUCGCUUUAACCUUCCCGUUGUCCCACAUCGAUGAAACAGGGCUUAUGAACGUCACUUCUCCCAGUGACUGGCUGCGGUUUGGCAUGGGCGGUCACAAUAUUGAAGCCAACUCUAUCCUCUACUAUACCAUCAACCAGGGGAUAGCGCUUGCCGAAGCCCUGAACGACACAGCUCCCAUCUCCGAAUGGAAAGAGACCGCUCAACGCAUCAAGACGGCUGCCAACGCGCUCCUGUGGAACAACGAAUUGGGCAUGUACACUGACAAUGAAACCACGACCCUAAUGCCCCAAGACGGCAACUCCUGGGCCGCCGUGGCAAACCUCACUCUCAACUCGUCACAAAUCUCAUCCAUCAGCGAAAAACUCCAGGGCAGAUGGACACCCUACGGUGCCCCCGCCCUCGAAGCCGCAGACGCUAUAUCACCCUUCAUCUCUGGGUUUGAGUUACAAACACACUUCCUAGCCGCGAACGCGAGCGCAGCCUUGGACCUGAUGAGACUGCAAUGGGGCUUCAUGCUGGAUGACCCGCGCAUGACGAAUUCGACUUUUAUCGAGGGGUACUCGAGCACGGGAGAACUACACUAUGCGCCGUACUUGAACGAUGCGCGCAUCAGCCAUGCUCACGGGUGGGCGACGGGGCCCACGUCGUCGUUGACGUUUUAUGUUGCGGGGAUUCAGCUCUUGAGCGCGGGUGGCAAGACGUGGCGCGUUGCUCCGGCGUUGGGCGACUUGACAAAUGUCGAUGCUGGGUUUAGUACUAGUCUGGGCUUCUUCUCGGCGACGACGACGAUCACUAAGGGAGUGGUCGAAGUCGAAUUUGAAGCACCUUCAGGUACAAGCGGGGAGGUUCGUGUACCGAUUUUGAAUUGCGUGGGACGAGUAGUCUUGCAGGAGGUGGAUGGGAAGUGUGAGGAUGUUACGGUGGAGGUUGUGCAGGCUGAUUCUGCGCAUGUUGUUGUAGCGGGUCUCGCUGGCGGGAGGUGGAAGGCUACGUUUACAUGCGUAGAGUAG